GUUUUGUCUGAAGGAAAAAAUUGGGCUAAGUACAGGGCCCCAACUGUGUAUCAUAGUAUUUACAUCAGCUUCUAAAUUGUUAUGCGCCUGUUAACGUAAGCAGUAAAAAAGGUUGUGGGAAAAAUGCGAUUUCUGUGAUUUGUUGUGUAAAAACACACUCUUGUCUCAAACCACACCCAUCACACGCUAGGCCACGCCCAUGGUGUUUGGCCUCGAGCUUUUUAUUGCGCAACCUCCGUGGUUACCCCGGUCUAGGGUGGAGUCCCUUGGGGCAAAAAAAAAAAAAAGAGGGAGUCAUACUUGUCAAAACUGCUCAUUUGAAGUGAAUGACACUGUACAGUAUAGGCAAUGAGCUAUAAUGAGAUUAUCAUGCAGGUAGAGGAACUGACUAGGUGUGUAGCGGGCAUUAUUAUUGGAUUGAAGUUGUUUAAACACGUCUUCGGGUUACAGAAGUGUCGUACACAUGUAGCCGAAUCAUUUAUAAUGAGCUUCAGAUAGAAGGGGAAGUACGUUUGUUCUGAGUGUUGUUGCAGUAAGCAGUUAUCCCAUAGCUACAAGGAAUACAGAACUGUUAGGGUCUUAACCCCACCCCUUUUCUACAGUAAAUACCACUGUUCCAGCCAAGAAAAAAGAAGCGCUUAGCAUAGGACUCAUCUAUAGCAGAGGGGAGUUUUUGAGGACACACGAGCCAGCUAGGUCUUGCCCUCUGCAUAGUUGUAGGCUGAACAGUGAGGUUUGGAACAAGCCAUUCUUCUGUAUCCGAUAGUUGCGUGCUGAGUCUGUGGGGCAGAAGCGACAGGCUGCUGCGUCCGGACUUCCCGUGAUUGACGUUAGUCAGCCAUAGUUCCUGGCGCACGGUCGCACUCUUCUUCUUUGCAACAAGUUGGGCGGGACGCUUGCAGUUGCCUGAAGUUAGGGGAAAGGACUGCUCUUCGGAGCCAACACCCUGCGACUUGUCAUCGCUUCGGGAAAGGCAGCUGCGCUAUAUAACUGCAGCCUGUUUAUUUUGGUUCGAGAUUCCCCUUGUUGCGGGUUCCUGCCUCACCCUUACAAGCGGCUCUCCCACAGAGGGGCACAGACAGCACGCCAUGGCCUCAAUGAGGGACGAUACCACCUUGGAGCUAGACGAUAUGUCGGACGAGGAUGGGGAGAUGAUAGUUUCAAUGGAAAUGGAACAAACAAUUGUUCCUACAUAUGGAGCAAUGACAGAAAAUUCACCAAUAAUUUCAGCAGCUGAUAUUGUUGAGUAUGAUGAAAAUGUAGAUUCUUUGUACUUUACUGAUAAUCAAAGACGAAUUGAUUAUGUUCUAGUUUAUGAAGAUGAGACCAUGAAGGAGCAUAUUGCAAAAAAAAGUUUUCUAAAGCAAAAGAAAAAAAGGCAAGCAUAUGAGUCAAAUCUAAUAAAAAGUGGUUUACAUUUGGAAGCAACACGUUCCGUCUCUGAUGGAAAAAUCAUCUUUGUGAAGGUUCAUGCACCGUGGGAAGUAUUGUGUACAUAUGCUGAAGUGAUGCACAUCAAGCUACCUUUACAACCCAAUGACCUGAGAAAACAGCAUUCUGCUUUUAACUGCUUUACAAAAAUAUUCAGAGUUAGUGAAGAUAAAAUAAAGCCCGAGCAGGAAUUUUUUACUGCACCAUUUGAAAAAGAUCGUAUUGAUGAUUUUUACAUUCAGGAUAAAGAGACCUUCUUCACUCCUGCAACAAGAAGCCGAAUAGUCCAUUUUAUUCUCUCACGUGUUGAAUACGCAGUAAAGGAAAACGUAAAGAAAUUUGGUAUAAACAAACUUUUGGAUUCAGGGAUCUACAAAGCAGCAUUUCCUCUACAUGAUUGUCAUUUUAACAAAGUGUCUAUGGAUUCUAGAUGCAACAGUGAAAGAUAUCUUUUGUACAGAGAGUGGGCUCAUCCAUUUAGCAUUUUAAAGUUCCAGCCUCUGGAUCUUGUACGAAAAUACUAUGGGGAGAAAAUAGGAAUUUAUUUUGCUUGGCUUGGUUUCUAUACACGGAUGCUGAUUGUUGCAGCAAUAGUAGGAGUGGGAUGUUUCCUGUAUGGAGUGAAAUCUCAGGAAACUUGCACUUGGAGCAAAGAAGUUUGUGAUCCCAAUAUUGGAGGAAAGAUCAUUAUGUGUCCACAGUGUGACAAAGCUUGCAAUUAUUGGUAUCUUAAUAUCACAUGUGAAUCCUCAAAGAAACUUUGCAUAUUUGAUAGUUUUGGAACACUUGUGUUUGCAGUUUUCAUGGGAAUAUGGGUCACUCUGUUCCUGGAGUUCUGGAAGCGCAGACAGGCUGAACUGGAGUAUGAGUGGGAUACUGUUGAAUUUUUAGAGCAAGAAGAACAACCUCUGCCAGAAUAUGAGGCAAAAUGCACACAUGUAGUAAAAAAUCCCAUAACUCAGCAAGAAGAACAUGUGCCUUACACAGCCUUUGGGAAAUGCCUUAGGGUGGCUUGCUGUUCAAGUGCUGUUUUUUUCUGGAUCCUGCUAAUUGUUGCUUCUGUUGUUGGCAUUAUUGUAUAUCGACUUUCUGUUUUCCUGGUAUUUUCUGCCACAUUACCAAGUGCAGUGAAUGGAACAAAUGUAGAAGCAAUCCAAAAAUACUUGACUCCACAGACAGCAACAACAAUUACUGCAUCAAUAAUUAGCUUCAUAAUUAUUAUGCUUCUAAACAUGUUCUAUGAAAAAGUGGCAAUCAUUAUUACAGAUUUUGAAUUACCAAGAACAAGGACAGAAUAUGAAAACAGUCUGACCACAAAGAUGUUUCUGUUUCAGUUUGUCAACUACUACUCCUCUUGUUUCUACAUUGCAUUCUUCAAGGGAAAGAUAGUAGGGUACCCAGGAGAUCCAGUUUACUGGUUUGGAAAAUAUCGUAAUGAGGAGUGUGAUCCUGGUGGGUGUCUUCUUGAACUCACAACACAGCUGACAAUUAUAAUGGGAGGUAAAGCCAUUUGGAAUAACAUACAGGAAAUACUUGUACCCUGGGUUAAAAACCUUAUUAGUCGAUGCCGUUCAUCGGGUUCGCAAGCAGUACUGCCAAGGUGGGAAGCUGAUUACCUCUUGCAACCAGCUGGAAAGUUAGGAUUGUUCUAUGAGUACCUGGAAAUGGUAAUUCAGUUUGGAUUUGUCACUUUGUUUGUGGCAUCUUUUCCACUGGCACCGGUCUUGGCUCUGGUUAACAAUUUGUUGGAAAUCCGAGUUGAUGCUUGGAAAAUCACCACUCAGUGGAGACGCAUGGUUCCUGAGAAGGCACAAGACAUUGGCGCCUGGCAACCAAUCAUGGAAGGAGUUGCAAUUCUUGCUGUAGUGACAAAUGCCAUGAUUAUUGCUUUUACAUCAGACAUGAUUCCACGCUUAGUGUAUUAUUGGUCUUUCUCUGUACCUCCCUAUGGAAACUACAGUACUAAUACAAUGCAAGGAUACAUUAAUAAUACACUCUCCGUCUUCAGUGUAUCUGAUUUUCAGAGUAAGAGCCAGCCGGCAGCAACAGAUUGGUUAAACCUAAAUGUGUGCAGAUACCGUGACUUCCGUUACCCACCUGGACAUGAGCAUCAGUAUGAACACAGCGUAUACUACUGGCAUGUUGUUGCUGCCAAACUGUCUUUCCUCAUCGUUAUGGAGCACAUUGUCUACUUUGUGAAGUUUAUUAUUGCAUACAUUAUCCCAGAUGUAUCAAAUCAGACCAAAGACAAGAUCAAGAGAGAAAAAUACCUUACACAGAAGCUUUUACAUGAAAGACAUUUGAGAGUUAUGAAAAAACAAAUGGGAGGCUUGGCUGACAGGUUCCUAAAAGGCAUGGACAAUGCCAUUAUAAAUAAGGAAGACUAAGGGGUUAUUUAUUUAAGUCUGGAUGCCAAAAACUCUUAAGAAUUCGAAAUUUUUUAGUGAUUUAUUAUUCCCCGAGGAUGGAAAAAGUCCAAAUCCAAAAAUUCGCCAACUCAGACCUGCCGGGGUUGUAUAUAAGUCAAUGGGAGAAAUCCUGAAGAUAUCCUGAUCU